CACAGAUGCACGCGCACACGGCAAACCGACCGACCGACCGACCGACAUCCAUCUGCGACACCAGCACCAUCCGGCUCUCCAAGCCGACCGACUCUGUGCGCAACGUUCCUCUGACAUCGCCAAUCAAGCCGCACGAUGGCAGACGCAGAGGAAAAGGCGCGCCAGGAGAAGCUGGCCGCCGCCCGCAAGCGCGUCGAGCAAAUGAAGAAGAAGAAGAACAAGAAGGCCGCAGACUCCAAGAAGGACGACUCGGGCGCCACCGAGACACCGCCGCCCGAGGCCGCAGAGGCGGCGCCCGACGCGCCCACCGAGCCCAGCGACAGCAAGCCCGCCGACGCACCGGCUGACGAUGCGGCAGUAGCUGACGACAAGGCCGUCGUUGAGGAAAACACGGACAAUUCCUCACCUUCAGCAACACCAUCUCUUGCCCAGCAGUCCAAGAUGAGGUCCACCUCGUUCCGCGCGGGCUCAGGGUCGGGGUCGGGCACGGGCACCGUCUCACCCGCUCCGUUCAGCCCCGACGGCGACACGGCGCCAGACAUUUAUCGCAAGCAUGUCGCCAAGAUUGAGGAGCUCGAGAAGGAGAACAAACGCCUGUCAAAGGAGGCCACCGAGGCGGAGAAGCGGUGGAAGAAAGCAGAAGAGGAGCUGUCGGACCUGCGCGAGGCCGACGGCGAGGCGCCAGCAAAAGCCAGCAGCAACACAGAGCUGGAGAAGCUGAAAAGCGAAGUUGCCUCACUACAGCGACAAAACGCCCAGCUUCAACAACAGGUCUCUCGCGGCUCAAGCCACGGCCACCGCCCGUCGAUGUCCAUGGCUUCGCCCCCUUCGGAACUGCAGGCCGAUCUCGCCUCUAAAAUCGCCACGAUUGAGUCUAUGGAGAUUGAGAUUUCCAAACUCAAGGCCCGAGUCGAGCGUCAGGAGACGGGGGCGUCCUCCGAACGGGAGCAGGUCACCGCGCUGGAGGAGAAGCUCGCUCGCGCCGAAGCAGCCGCUGGCAAAGCCCAGCGAGAGCUGCAGGACGUGAAGCGCAACCUUGAGCGAGCGACGGAAAAGGCUGUUCGGGAGGGCAGCGAGCGCUCCAGCGCCGAGACCAAGGUGAAGACGCUAGAGCACGAAGCCGAACAGCUGAGGGCAGCCAAGGACGAGCUGGAGAAGAAGGCCGACGGCUUGGACAAGAAGGUGGCCACGCUGACCACCCUGCAUAAGGAGCAAGACGCGCGGUCGCAGACAUUGCGGAAAGAUAAAGAGCGGGCGGACAAGGAGGCGGAGGAGCUGCGAAGCAAGGUCGAGAAACUGGAGAGUGAAAACAUCAAGCUUCGCAGCCGCAAGUCGGCCGAAGGAGGCGGCGGCUUAGACGACGAAGGCGUCGACGAGCUGGAGAAUGAAGAGCGACUGCGUCUAGAGCGCAAGAUCCGCACCCUCGAGAAGGAGGUGCACAAUUUGCGAAGCGGCGCCUGGAUCGAGAAGCGCCGCGAGAUGGAGGCGACCAGCCCCGGCUUCCACGACGUGGACCUGACAGGAGGCAGCAUGGGCGCGUCGCCGCACAAGAAGCACUCUGGCGGCGGCGGCUUCGGCGACUUCUUGACGAGCGGGCUGAACGCGCUCGCCGGCGGAGGCGACGACGAGGGCUUCAUGGAGGACGAAGACGCGGACUUUGACGAGGACGCGUUCCGCAAGGCGCAAGAGGAGGAGGCGCAGAAGCGCAUCGAGAGGAUCAAGGAGAUUAAGCGGUCGCUCAAGCACUGGGAGGGCUGGCGGCUCGACAUUGUCGACAUGCGCCGCGGAGGCGGGGAGGGUGUUGGGGACAUAUUCGAUGUUUAGACUAUAGGUUUGUUUCUGUACGAUGGAUAAAGCAAUACAUUAAGGGCGGCGAUGAUGCUA